UGCCGUCAAUACGAGCGUCGUAUGAAGGAGAUGACCUACAAAGUUGACGAAGACAAGAAGACCAUUGACAAACUGCAAGACAUCAUUGACAAGCAGAGUGGCCAAAUGAAGAUGUUCAAGUCCCAGGUGGCAGAUGCUGAGGAGAUGGCGACUAUGAACAUGAACAAAUACCGAAAAGUGAAAAAGGAGUUGGAGGAUGCUGAGACCAGGGCCAGCAUGGCUGAAGAAACCAUGGCCAAUUACAGCAGGAAGACUCGUACCUACACCGUCUACCCCGAUACAACAUACUAACCACAGGGGUCUGAACGUGGGCAGGAAUGGUUCCUGAACGAAGAUGUUGAUGUGAUAUCUAUGAAACGGUUCUUGUGGUCCUCCAGACCUCGAGAA